GUUCAAUGGAAGUCGUACCUAAGUCAUAGAGCUUUUGAGGGGAAUGCGGUUGAUGUAUAUGGAUUUCUAGAAGGUGUUUGAUGAGCUCAGUGCAUAGCCCAUCGCUACAUUGGUGACCCCGACGGUCCAAAUGGGAUUUGGACCGAAGAUGAUCAACUCUUUAUCUGUUCACGCAGUUUCGCUAAAACUGCCAACCUUCUGGACGCUGCGACCACGCCUGUGGUUUGACCAAGCAGAGGCCCAGUUCCAGAUUCGGCAGCUAUCUUCCGAUUCCACGCGUUACUAUUAUGUGGUGAGCUCCCUUGACCAGGAGACAGCCGCCCAGGUUGAGGAUUUCAUACAGUUGCCCCCGGAUGAAGGCAAAUAUGCAGCAUUCAAAGCGUGGCUCAUAAGGACCUUCAGCCUCUCACGGCAGGAGCGAGGUGUCCGCUUGCUGCACCUGGACAGUUUGGGAGACAGGCCGCCGUCAGCAUUAAUGAAUGAGAUGCUGGCCCUGGCUGAAGGACACAAGCCCUGCCUCAUGUUCGAGCAGGCGUUCCUAGAGCAACUGCCCAAGGACAUACAUCUGCUACUGGCCGAUGCAGAUUUCAGUGACCCCAGGAAGGUGGCGGCCCAAGCAGACAUGCUGUGGAAAGCCAAGAGGGAAAGCGGGGCGUCCGUCAGACAGAUUACCAAGCCACGUGCGCAAUGGCAGGCCAGACCAGACCUUCUGUACAAACGCACAGUCCACGAAGAGGUGGACGAUCGUCUCAUUUUCAUCACAACUAUCCUGAUGGCAGUGUGCGUUGGGAGUGAGAUUCCAACCAAACAGAAAGGAUCUGACGAGGAGGAUCCCUCUCAAUGCCAGCCAAGCACGGUCUUGUUACUUCUUGGUGAGCUCUGGUGA